UAGAGACGGGGAUAAUUGUACCCGAUUGGUUGGUUCAAAAAUCUCCAACGAACUUUCUCCAUAUUUCUUCAAACGAGCCGUUAAAAGUGUGUAAAAAUUAACAAAACUCGUGUGCUUUGAAUAAAAUAUCGUGUUUGUGGUCGUGUAGGCAUUGCAAUUUGACGUUAUAAACGUCAUUUUAAGUGGAAAGUUUGGUUAUAUUGGGGCAAUGUCGAAACAGGGGGCCAACAUGGAUGACUUCCUCAAGAUCGAAAAAAUUGGUGAAGGCACUUACGGUGUGGUGUACAAGGGCAAAAACAAGAAGACGGGUCAGCUAGUCGCAAUGAAAAAAAUCCGACUGCAACCCGAAGACGAAGGUGUGCCUUCCACAGCCAUUCGCGAAAUCUCCCUCCUGAAGGAGCUCACACACCCCAAUAUAGUCUCCCUGGAAGACGUGAUGAUGGAAGAGAAUCGUCUUUACCUAAUUUUUGAAUUUUUGUCAAUGGACUUAAAGAAGUACCUCGACACCAUCCCACAGGGCUCCUACAUGGACCCCCAACUCGUCAAAAGCUACCUCUACCAAAUCAACGAAGCCAUUCUCUUCUGCCACCAAAGACGAGUCCUUCAUCGCGACCUUAAGCCCCAAAAUCUGCUCAUCAACUCCGAAGGGGCUAUCAAAGUGGCCGAUUUUGGACUAGGGCGCGCCUUUGGGGUCCCGGUUCGCGUUUACACGCACGAAGUUGUCACUUUGUGGUACCGCGCCCCCGAGGUGCUCCUCGGCUCUGCACGUUACUCGUGCCCUAUUGAUAUUUGGUCUCUGGGCUGCAUUUUCGCCGAAAUGGCCAACAAAAAAGCCCUUUUCCAAGGCGACUCCGAAAUCGACCAACUUUUCCGCAUUUUUCGGGUUUUGAAAACACCAAGCGACGAAAUCUGGCCAGGGGUGUCCACAUUACCUGAAUAUAAGGUUACGUUCCCUAAUUGGAAAUCAUGUACUUUGGAAAGUCAGGUAAAAAAUAUGACUAGCGACGCUAUAGAUUUGUUGAAACAAAUGCUGAUUUAUGACCCGGCCAAGAGGAUUUCGGCCAAAAAAAUCGCUUUACAUCCGUAUUUGCAAAAGGUUGAUACGUCAAUAAAGCCGAUCCUUAAAUAAGCGGUUAGGUUUAGGUUUAUCGUGUUUAGUAUGACUAUUUUCUAAAUAUAUUUGUUUAAAAAAUCUU